AUGAAGAAAAAGAAAACAAAAUAACAUACCAAUAAAUACAAUAAAUAUCAGGUAAAUAAACAAAACAAAAACAAAACCAAAAACAAAACAAAAAAAGAUUAAAUUGAUAUAAAAUAAUGUCUAGAAGGUGAAAAUCUAAUAUAAGAAUUAAAUAAUAUAAAAGUACAAUUAAAUAAGCUUUCAUCUAAAUUUGAAGUUCUAAGUUUUGAAAAAAACAAAGUUUAAUAAAAUUAAUAACUAAAUUCUUCUAAAUCUUAAUAAAGAAUAAAUUCUUAAAAUUCAUAAAGAAAAGAUAAUUAUAAAUUAUCUAAAAAAGAUAUUAAUAAAAAACCUUCUUCAGCAUGGAGAACAGGAGAAAGAUCAAAUUCUUUAUAUGCAAAUAAUAUUUCUUAAUCAGAAUAUGUAUAAUCAGUUUCUUAAGUAACUUAACUAUCCCAAAUGGAAGACUGUAAUCAAAAAAGUAAAAACUUACACCAAAAGUAACAUAAUGUAUACCUAAUGUACCAAAUACUCCACAAUAAUUUCAUACUGAACCAAGCUAAAAAAUAUAAUCAACUACUAGGCAUCAUUUAGAUGAUUAAUAUAUGUAAAAUAAAUAAAUAAUUAAUAUAUAAAUUAAAAUAUAGAAAAAAAAUUCUAAAUGAAGAAGAUUUAAUUAAAAAAGAUGAAGAAAAAAAGCAAAAAAAGAAAAAAAGAAAAUAUAAACUAAAAUUAAUUUCAACCCCAAAAUAAUUAAUAAUGUCAAAAUAUGAUUAUUUCACCGAAAUUUCGGGAAAAUAUUAGUAUGUAAAGUUCAUUUACAAAUACAGAAAUAAAAAAAGCUGUUUAAGAAGACAGUAAAAAGUAUUUAGAGGAAAAAAGAACUACAAAGACUUAAUAAAAAUUGGUAUAAAUAAAUAAUUAAAAGAAAAUUAAUUAAAAUGA